ACAAAGCGGCGGAGGUGGCCGCACUUCGUCGGCUGCGGGGGGAAACUUGCGGGGCCGCUGGAGCAGCACCGAGCAAGCGGCUUUGUCUGCAAGGGUUUGCAAAACCACCACCUAAUCCUGCCGCUCCCCUCCCAUGCUGAAGGGAAGAAGGGAUCCUGGGAGCCAGAAAGAAGGGGGAACUGCUGGAGGCUGCAACGUCGCGGCGGCCGGGGCCGUGCCGAAGUUCCCCGCGGAGCGCCCGGGGCCGGUGCUGGGUGUGGGCGCCCGCAGCCCGGGGGGGUCCGGGCGGCGCCUGCCCUCGCUGCCCCGCACGCUCGGGGAUUACUGGGCGUUCCGAGCCAACAGCAAAACUAGCAGAUUUCAAAGUGAAAUUCCGGAGGAAAUUUAAAGAGCAUCCGGAUCCGGAGAAAGACAGAGAAAGAAAGAGGAAGGGAGAAAUAAAUCAAAACGUGGAGAGAAUCUAAGGCAGGCGAUAGAAAGGACGACGGAAAGAAGCUGACACCAGGCAAAGAUGGGGGAGCAGCCAAUCUUCAGCACCAGGGCCCAUGUUUUCCAAAUCGACCCUGCCACCAAACGGAACUGGAUCCCUGCCAGCAAACACGCCUUGACUGUCUCCUACUUCUAUGAUGCCACACGCAAUGUGUACCGGAUCAUCAGUGUGGGGGGCACCAAGGCAAUCAUCAACAGCACUAUCACUCCCAACAUGACUUUCACAAAGACAUCCCAGAAAUUUGGACAAUGGGCAGACAGCCGAGCCAACACAGUUUAUGGUUUGGGCUUUGCCUCAGAGCAACAUCUCUCCCAGUUUGCAGAGAAAUUCCAGGAAGUGAAAGAAGCAGCCCGUUUGGCAAGGGAGAAGUCCCAGGAUAAAACAGAGCUGACUAAUCCUGCCCUGAAUAUCACUUCUCAUCAGGUACUUCCCAGUCCUAUCAUCAGUUCCAAUGGACCGGGGGAAGACAAGUUAUUCCGAAGCCAGAGUGCUGACGUUGAGAUAACAACAGAGAAGGAGCGGCUGAAGAAGAUGCUUUCGGAAGGUUCAGUGAGUGAGGUCCAGUGGGAAGCUGAGUUCUUCAGCCUGCAGGACAACAACAACAAACUCGUGGCUGCUCUUCAUGAAGCCAAUGCCAACGUGGACCAGUGGAAGAAGCAGCUGGCUGCGUAUCAGGAGGAGACAGAAACGCUGCGGCAGCGGGUAGCAGAACUGGAGUCGCAGGGGGCUCACGAUUCCUCCAGUGAAAACAAUAAAGAAGAUCUGAGCCAGACUCUGGAGGAACUGGAACUGCUGAUCAAGACAAAAGAUGAGGAAAUUCAGAUGCUGAAGAGCCAGAAAUGCAGCCGAUGGGAAGCAGAGGGUGAGCGUGAGGAAACACUGCAGAAGCUGCAGGAGCUGGAGACACGCAACGCAGAGCUGGAGCGCCGCCUUCACCUGGCUGAGCAGACGCUGGCCGAGACCCUGUCUGAGAGGGAGAAGAUGCAGAGCGAGGUCACCAAGGUGGCAGAGAUAAUGGAUGUGAAGAUUUUUGAGCUCAGCGAGAUCCGUCAAGGUCUAGCCAAGCUGGUAGAGAGCAACUGAGAAGCAUCACUUAUGGAGGAGACACCUCUGGGAGAAGGGGAGUCCAAGCUGGGACUGGUCACUGACAGCAAUUAUAGUUACAGAAUGGCCUCAAGGCCUGUUUGGGCAGGAUACAGCAACAUACCAGCAGCUGCCUGAACAGCGUGGAGACCAGCCACAACCACUUACUGCCCACUGAACACCCAGACGGAGGGCAGAGAGGACCUGAACUCCUGCAUCCUCCACAAGGAGCAUCUACAAAUCACAGCCAGGCCUCUCUGGACCCUGCCAUAGCUGUGGCAUGGCCCAGAGACUGUCCCUGGACUGCUCAGCAGCUUGUCUGUCCCAGCCUCCCAAUUGCCACACUGCAUUUCCAAUGUUUUUACAGUUCUUUUCUAGGGAACGGGCUGAGCCUUUGUGUUUUUUUCAGUAGUUUUUUAGGGAACCACUUGCCUUUUGCAAAAUAUGCUGCCUCUGUUUCCCUACCUCGGGAGAGAGGAGAGGUGCCAGCACGCCAAGGACAACAGUUGCUCCUUUUUCCUCUUCCCCAGCCCUAACUACAUUGUGUCUUUCUAACAGGAUCCAGUAAUGCUGGUCACUGUCAGGAGCUUCCAGAUGUAGCAGAAGUCCCCACUGCAGCCAAGGGUGUUUGCCUGCCCACAUGUCCAUGUUCGAUCACAUCCUCCAGAGGAAAAGGAACUGCAGAUUUUAAAGUUCUUUUUAGUUUAACACAGUGGGGGUUUAUGACUUCUUAAAACUGCUUUAAGCUGAGACCCCAGACCUGGUUGGGAUGGGGUCAUUUGAGAAAUGGGACACCCCCAAGGGGAUGGCCUACCAAUUGCUAGAUUGGUAUCUCUCACAGCCUCUAAGGACGGCAGUUAAUUGGAAUUAAAUGGAGCAAAUCACAGUUGCUCUUUUUUUUUUCUAAUUGGGAAACAGCCUGCAGGGAUGUCUUGCUCCAUGUCAGCCUGAGCAGUAUUCCUUGUAAAGGGUACAGGCCCCAGCUUGCCAAGCUUUUCUGGAUUAAACAGGAACAUGAGGUGUUUGUGGAGUAUGUUGGGACCAGUGCCCAUUGGGCACUGUGGGAAGUUUAUGGGUUAUCAUAGAUGUUGUCUAGUAAUAGGAAUUGAGAAAGGCCUGAGGGAGGCACUGCAGAAACCUGGAAAGUCAUGUCUCCCCAAGGUGCCCUCUUAAGUCUGUGUAGUUACCUAGGAGCAUGCUUAGCCCUGUGCUGAAUGACGAAGCAGUGUCUGUUUAGAAGUAGUUAGUAACCUUACAGGAGCGUUGCUGAAUUUGGAUUUUUUUUGUUGUUGUUUUCUGGUAUCUUUGCCACUAUAGGUUAGGCAAAGAUUGCAGUAAUCUUGGGAAUGUUUCACAGGUCUGCAGAAAUCCUAGCACUUAGCAAAUGUGGGAUACCAAGUACUGGCUUCUCCGUACCCACACGAACCUUGGCAAACCUGGGUAAAGGCAGUACAGCUUCUCAGAGUCCGGCCUCUCCUUUCACUCACCUGGUGGCCAAGGGAGGAACCCACUGCUUCCACAUGCCUCCUGCAAGUCAGGUCAGAAAUAGGUCUGCACCUUGCAGAGAACUGCUGGUGGCUGUGUGCUGAAUUGCGCUUAGGCAAGGCCCUUCCCUUUCCCAGGGGUGAUGAGAAAACGUUGAGAUUUCCAGACCUGUGUAGCCAGGAAAGAGCUUUUCUGUUUGGUGAUUUGGUUGUUUUGUUUUGAGGAUCUCCACCCCCCCCCUUUUUUUUUUUUUUUUUGCAUGAACUGUUCCCAUGACUGUAUGGGGCUGUAGCUACUGUAGUAACGUUUGUUGUGGGGUAUUUAAGAGGGGAAGAAGUAAGCUGGGUGGCAGAAAUUUCUAGGGACUUGUUUACAACCCCAUGUCAGUACUCACGUUUUAUUCCUACAGGAGCAGCCUUGUUUGAAAUACAGAUCAGCUCCAAGAAA